UCCGGUAACGGUACAUCGGGAGUAAACAAGAUCAACAGUUAUCCUAACAGUAACUACAAGAUGAGGACAGGAUGACUUUAUUCUCGCGGCUUCUUUUCUUUCUGUUUCAUCUGCAGUGAAACACUCGCCGAUAAAUCACUUCACCGGAUCUGCUGGAGUCCCAAACGUCACACAGUUUGUGGGUGUUGCUGUGGUUGAUGGCGUCGAGGCAGUUUACUUGGAGUGGUACAAACAUUAGAAGUGGCUGUGAAUAUGAGGAAAGCACUGGAGAGAAGUCUGGCUUCUUGAAGUAUGGCUUUAUUGAACCGGAUCUGAAGACACUGUCAUGGGCUUCACUGAAGGCUGACUCUACCAAACAGAGCUGGGAUGCUGACAGUAAUAAAACAAAGCUAAAUGAAGUUUUCCUCACUGACAUCUGUCCAGAGCGGCUGAAGGUGCUUUUGGACGGUGGGAACAGCUCCCUGCAGAGAACAGUUCCUCCUUCAGUGUCUCUCCUCCAGAGGACUUUCUCCUCUCCAGUCAGCUGCCACGCUACAGGUUUCUACCCAGACAGAGCCGUGAUGUUCUGGAGGAAAGAUGGAAAGGAGACCGAUGAAGUUGUGCCCCACAGAGAGAUCCUCCCCAACAAUGAUGGGACCUUCUAGAUGAGUGUUGAUCUGAAUGUUUUAUCAGUUAGACCAGAAGACUGGAGCAGAUACGAGUGUGUGUUUCAGGUCUCUGAUUUCAAGAAGAACAUUCUCACCAAAGUUUUGUUUGGAAUCCAAGAAUUGCAGCUGUUACUACUGAAUAACUAAUGGAGAUUCUAAUAGACAAGAAGAAACAAAUUCAGUGCUUGUAUAUAUAAAGUUAUAACUUUUUUUAUUCCAAAAAUGCAAGAUAUCAAUGUUAUUAGUAUUCUUAAAAUGAAUCCAGUUUAAAUUUCAGGUUCACAGUUUAUACCAGGGGUGUCAAACUUAUGACCCGUGAAACCAAACAAGCAGGAAAGAUAAAGAAGAGAUUAGCAUGAAAACAACAAGACAGGGGUGGUUGUUACAAGGAUAAGUGGAAAAGAAUGGAUGGAUGUAUUUCAAUUAGUUCAAUUAGUCAGUAUUGUAUAAAGAAAUAACAAGUACUAUUGUUGGGAAGCCUAUCAGUGACACCUUGUGAAGUUAAUCACAAUCACUCGUUGCUCUUCCAGCUUAAGCAACACAGCAGCCAAUUUAACUAGUGAUUCUGAGCCUUACGGUGCACUGGACAUUUCCUUCUGUGUGGUGGCCAGCAUUGUUAUGCUAGUCUAGGCAGUCUAAUGAACAUUCUUGUGUCUUUCUGAAGGUGUUAUUAAUUAUUCACAUUUACAAAUUCUGUUUGCAUUGUUGUCUAAUUAUUGUUGUCCCACCGGGAGGAGAAACUUGGGUCCAAAAUGGGAUCCUAUUGGUGGCUCAGCUUGUUAAUAAAGAGGGACAAUUACUUACAUACAACAAAUUCCUUGCACUAUAUCAUUUUCCAGUCGGUGGAAUUCUCAGUGGUGCUUGAUGUCAUUUCCUCAGAUACUUUAAUGUUAUAUAAAAACACUGACAGCUCAAUAUCUACCUCAGUCGCUCUCCCCGAUCCAGCUGAGUCAGCAGUGGGAAAAAUCUGCUUUUCCCAGGAACAAUAAGAGAAUAUGUAGUUUAUUCCAAGAAGAUAUCGUUUCUCUCCCAUAUAUAAUAUCGUACUGAAAUCGAUAUGUUUCGGAUAUCAACUGGAAGACAGUCUGGAUGAUCCCCCAUAAAUAUCUAACUGUAAAUAAGGUGAAGGAAGUUUAAUUUAAAACUCUUCAUAAAUAUUACCCAGCCAGUCACCACAUUGUAAAAUUUAAAAGAGACAUAAAUAAUAAUUGCACUUUCAGUGGGGAUCAUCCAGAAACUGUGACACAUCUUUUUUGGUACUGUUCUUCUAGACAGAGAUUCUGGAAGGAAUUUAGCAGGUUUGUUUUUGUCCAUAUUUUAGGGGAGUUUACGAUGAGAAAAUGUUUUAUUCUGUUUCUUUAAGUUCCCCAAGAAGAGCGAUAAAUGUUUUUUUUAAUAAAUUUGUUAAUACUUUUUGCUAAAUUUUUUAUCCAUAAAUGUAAGUUUUCUGAUAAAAUAUCAUAUUGCUGUCAUUUUCUAAAGGAUGUGGAAUUGUACAUAAAAUCAAUAUCAGACUCCACCAACAAAAAGGCCCUCAAAACAAUACAAAUAUGUGAAUUUUUGCAUGUAUUCAUAUAAUUAUUUCUUUACCCCUGGUUUUGUGUGUUCAUGUCCUU